AAACAAAGAUAAAGAUUUCCGAAGCAACUGUUGUACUGCUCAGUUUUUAUCUGCUAUUCCUGUUGAAGUAGAUCCAGGAACAAAAAUGCCUACUGGGCCAUCAUUUGCUGUGUUUCUUAUAAAUAUGACGACAUACAACCGUAUAUGGAAGUGCCUUUGUAUGGAAGGAGAACGUCAGAACAGGAGUAGUACUGGCAUCGUCAAUCUGGUGUGGCAAUACAAGCGAAGGGUACUGGAUGCUAGCCCGUCAUGCUCCCAGAUACCGCAUUGCUCCGCUCUUAGAUCAAUUGAUGGUCUUGGCCUUGAGAAGUUCAACCUAAAUGAUUCACAGCUCAAUGCGGUGGUAGACUGUGUCUCAGCAAUGGAGAACCACUCGCCUUCCCUAAAACUGAUAUGGGGCCCCCCUGGGACAGGUAAAACAAAAACCAUUAUUACUAUCCUUUGGGCAAUGCUCAUCAAGGGUGUAAAAACACUUUCCUGUGCACCAACAAAUACUGCCGUACUGGAAGUUGCGUCUCGCAUUGUCAGGCUUGUUGGAGAGUCUUCAGAUGGCAGCCUCUGCUUUCUGAAUGAUAUUGUCCUGUUUGGAAAUAAAGAGAGGAUGAACAUAGAUGAUAGUCAUGAUCUUUCCAUGGUUUUCCUUGACUCACGUGCAGAGCGGUUGUUGCCAUGUUUCGUACCACAAACUGGUUUGAGGCAUUGCUUGUGCUCAGUGAUUGACCUUCUUGAGAAUCAUGUUACCAAGUACAAAUCGUACAUUGAAAAAUUUGUUGAGGAAAUGAAAAGGGUAAAGGUAAUACCUAAAAAGGAUGGGGACAAACCCCUCCGGGGCAAGGAUAGGAAAUCUUUGCCCCCUCGUUACCCUUUGCGUUCCAAACCCAACUCCAAAUAUCAGCUUGUUGGGCCUCUCUCAGUGUUCCGCAACACAAGAUCUAUCACUAAGCACAAGCAUGGGAACAAAACCCUCCAGUGCAAGGACAUGAAAUAUUUGCUCCCACGUUAUCCUUUGCGUUCCAAUCCCAACUCCAAAGAUCAUCUUGUUGAACCUCUCUCAGUAUUCCGCAAGACAAUCCAUAACAGGCCUGAAGACGAGGAAAAAGAGUGCCAUAAAGAAGCAUUGAAAGUACUGCUGUUCAAGGAUUAUUUGAAAGAUAGCUACAACAAACUUUCUAAGGAUUUGUGCUGUUGCAUUGAGAUACUGUACAACGACCAUCCAAGAAAUUCAGAAACAGGACAGAGCUUUCAGUGUAUGCUGGAAGUGCUUGAAUUGAUCAAAAUUCUGCAUGCUUUGAUAAAUUGUGACAGGGAUAGUGAUGAUAUAUGGUCAGAUAAACUUCUUGAGGGCGAUCUAGAAGAGGACUGUAACCCUGUUACCUGGUCCGAGCAGCUAGCCUGUGUGCGGACUAAUACAUGCAAUAAAUCCAAGUUCAAGCUGGCCAGAUCCCUGUGUGUGCAAGAGCUAAGAUAUCUUCGAGAAAAUUUUGAGCUUCCAAAUUAUUUCAGCGCAAAGCAAAUUCAACUGUAUCUGCUGCAGAGAACGAAAUGCAUUCUCUGUUCAGUUUCCGGUUCUUCCAGGUUGUACGGCGUGCCGAUGGACAAGUCUGCUUCUGAUAUUGGCCAAUUACUCAAGAAUCCUGAAAAGUUGAAUCAUGUGGAGUUGCUGAUUGUCGAUGAAGCUGCACAGCUCAAAGAGUGCGAGACCUUAAUUCCCUUGCAGCUGCCUGGCAUAAGGCAGGCUGUUUUUAUCGGAGACGAAUAUCAAUUGCCUGCUCUGGUGAAAAGCAAAAUAUCUGACAAUGCAAACUUUGGGCGAAGUGUUUUUGAGAGGUUAAGUAUGCUGGGCUAUAGUAAGCACCUUCUCAAUGUGCAAUACAGGAUGCAUCCAAAAAUAAGCAAAUUUCCAGUUGUUACACUUUACAAUAGCAAGAUAUCUAAUGGUCCCAAUGUUACUACUAAGAGUUAUGAAAAGAGGUUCUUAGCAAGCAAACUCUUUGGGUCGUACUCAUUCAUUAAUGUAGAUGGAGGACAUGAAACAACGGAUGCACACGGCUGUAGCCUGAAAAACACAAUUGAAGCUGCUGCAGUUUCACAGAUAGUGCAGAGGUUGUUCAAAGAGUCAGUAUCUACAGGAAUCAAGAUCUCUGUUGGUGUUGUGUCCCCAUAUAAUGCCCAAGUUAAAGCAAUCCAUGAAAAACUCGGUAAAUCCUACAAUAUGCAUGAUGGUUUCUCUGUGAAAGUGAAAUCUGUGGAUGGUUUCCAAGGUGCAGAGGAAGAUAUCAUUAUCAUAUCAACAGUGAGGAGCAACAAAGCUGGUUCUGUUGGAUUUCUCACAAACAUGCAGAGGACCAAUGUGGCUCUGACAAGGGCAAAGCACUGUUUAUGGAUAGUAGGAAAUGGGAUGACUCUUUCCAACAGCAAGUCUGUUUGGCAGAAGAUAGUCAACGAUGCACGUGAUCGUGGUUGCUAUUUUGACGCAAGUGAAGAUGAAGAUCUGUCAAAUGCAGUAAUCAAGGCAGUCAGUGAGCUUGACGAUGCUGAGAAUUUAGUGAAGAUGGACCCGGUGCAUGUAAGCAGGCCAAGGUUUCAGAACAAAAGGCCAAAAUACCGUCGGUGAGAUGGAUGUCAGGAUCCUGCUAAAAAUGCUACGCAUUGUUGGCAUGUUGUCGUGGGGCAUCGCUAAAGAAAGCUUCAUCUGCAUUGGUAUGGCGCAACUGAGUGUCGCGAGUUGAGCCUAA